AACCCCAGACCCUUCAGUCUGCAGGCCAAUGCUCUAGCCACUGAGCCAAACUGACUAGGGCAGAAAGGGUCGUAUUAAAGAAAUGGAGUUUCUGAGCAAUUAAAUUUAUCUGUUUUAUGUCAAUUUAAUUAGGUCAGCCAAAGAGCCUGGAAGAGGAAGGGAAAAAUUUUCCUCUGUGACAGUUUGCACACACAACACCUAAAGUCCAUGUAUGUGCUGUAGGGGAAGAAAAAUUGCCUUCAGCUGAAAGAAUCGAAAUUCCAAAGUGGCAUAUUUUGGGGUAGCAUAUUCUGUCACCCACCAAUGUCUAUUUUUGGAUGGGAGUAUCCUAUAAAGGACAGGUGAAAUCCUUAAAGAUGUUCAGACUGUGAAAGGGCAGCAUUAAUGUUGGGUGAAACCAUCAGAUUUUUUUAAAAAGGUGCCAGGAGGCAGGUACUCUUUAGAGGUUAAGGUAAGCAGGUGUGGGUGGAAAACGGCCUGUAUUGUUCCUGGUGGAGCCGCAGAGGAGCUGAUGUAAGGUAGUGGUUCUGGUUGGAGGGCAGGUUACAUGGUGCGUACAUAGUGAUCUUUGGCCUGGAGUUCUCGUAAAUGCUGUGGGUUGUUCUAGAAUAUGCUCUACAUGCAUGAACUUACUGAAUCCUCGCACCUAAGAGAAGGUGUUACUGUCCCCGUUUCCAGGUGAGGACAGGAGGCACAGAGGCUGGCGCUCCCUGUAGGUCACAGCUGGGAGUGCAGCCACCCCAGGUGGAUGGCUCCGAGCCUGGGUUCUGAAGGCCGCUCACCACACCGCCUCCACUAAGGCUACGGACACGAGUUUUGGGAAGCUUCCCUAAGCCAAGUCUGCACCUUGACCCCACAUGCAGUCCUCCGUUCAGAGCACCACCACCUUCAUGGCCCCGUCUCCGUGUGCUCUCAGCCCAGCUUCAGACUCAGGGCUGGAAGUGGGUCACAGGAUGGAAAAUGAGAGGGGCUGGCCUGAGGGGAACUGGAAGUGUUUGCUAUGACGGGAAAGCAGAAGAAAGGGAAAGUCCCUGCCUUCACCCUCCCUGGUGACGGGAAAGGGGUCAGGCCCUGUGUGUGAGAAGGUAGGGAAGGAAGAGAACAACCAGGGGAAAGUGGGAAAGGGAGGGAGGGAAUGUGGGCAGACAGGCAGGGACCUGGAGCCACAGCAGCUUCUUAAGAAAGCGCUUCAGUUUGCAGCGUUAAAGGCGGACGUGACCUUGCAGAGAACGCCCAGGCCUAUAGGGUUUUCUAGCACCAACUCCUCCCCAUCCCCCACCUACCAAGGGCUCCACUCUCAGCCACACUCUCCCCUCCACCCCCACAGUGUUGGAAGGGACGUCUAGGAUGAAGGCGUGUGGCCCCAUGUAGGUCUCCAUGGCAGUGAGAUGAGAGCUGGACAAGUUCUUGGCUCUGCCUGUGCACAAAGCUGCUGGGCUGGGGAGAGCGAAGGACAAGAUUGUGAAGCUGGUGUGAGUCACUGUGAGCCCCACCCACUUGAGGCAAACUUGGCCAGUUGGUGGGAACUGUCAACCGGGUGAGGGACUGUGGCUUUUUCAGCAGCCUCGUUAGCUCUCAGUCAACGAGAAAGCCUCUGGGUGAGGAAAUUGUGGCCAGAGCAGCAGCGGGUCGUGCUCUCCCGGCCCCCCUGACUGGAGGCUGUGGGGCCUGUGCACAGAGCGCCUGCAGACGGAGCCACCCGGCCACCUGCCUCGUGGAGAUGCUGGGGCCAGCUCUCGCCUUCCUAGUCCUGUUCCUACAGGGACAGCACAGCCCAGCCGCUUCCUCUUGCCCAGCACCCCUGUCUCCGGAUGGACCUGUGGUGAGACCUUCGGGCACGGCUUUCUGCUUAGGGCCCGGCCACACCCCGACAGCGGUGAGGUCUUUUGACUGGAAGGUACAGCUGUGCUCAAACCCAAGCCCUCGUGUGCUGUUCACUUGGAAGAAUGAUUCUAGGCUGCAUCAUGCGCAUCGGAAUGCCAGUGACUACAAUAGGCUCAUUUUUAGCAUCAAGGAGUUAAGGCUCCUCCUCAAGGCCGCUCAGCCCGACGACAGCGGCACCUACUCCCUGGAGGUCACCCUUGAGAACGGCACCGUCAGGACCCACCGCUUCCACGUGUCCGUGUUGGACCCUGUGGGGAAGCCCGAGCUGCAGCUGCUGGAGCAGACGGCGGCCCUGGGCAGUGGGAAGUGCCGAGUGACCCUGAACUGCUCGGCCUCCGGAGGUGGUGAUGUGACCUACACCUGGUACCGAGGGGGCGAGUGGAUCCCGACGCCCAGGAGCCCCUUCCGACUGGAGGAGCAGAUCGAUGCCAACGGCUGGCACAUAUACACCUGCAACGUCAGCAACCCCGUCAGCUGGGCGCACCAGAGCCUCCAGCUCGGCCAGGGCUGUGGGAGCGCCCCCCAGAAGCUCGGCCUCCUGCCCCUCUUGACAAUCAUCGUGGUUCUCAUACUCACGGUGCUUGGCACCCUCACCGGCGUCUGCGUGUGGAGAAGGGGGAGGAAGCCGGCAGAGCCCGGCCCAGAGGAAUCGCUGACAGUUUAUGAAGAUGUCAACCGCCUGCCAGGCAGGAGCGGCCAGGGGCGGAGGCAGCAGCAGGACUCCGCUGGGAAAGGGAACACUGUCUACUCCAUGGUCCUGCCCCAGUCUUCCGCUUCCACAUCACAAGAAACUGCAACUACCCUGUAUUCAGUGGUGCUGUCCGCAGGGAAGGAGAUUUCAUUCACUUCUGGUUGGCGCCACUUCAAGGGCUCUCUGGGCACGGAGUCCCUUUUGGGACCUCUCACACCACUUCGGAGCGGGGCAUUUCUUACCCUGAAGUUAAGAUCUUUUACCCUCUGAA